AUGUUAGCUCACGAUUUCCUGAAAAAGGAUGAGCGCUCUUUUCGGCCAACUUCUUCAUCCAGAUCUGCCUGGUAUUUCAUAGCUCUUGUGGUGGCCAAAUUGCUGCGAUGCGUGGGGAUAUUCUUCAUCGACAUCUUGGCCAAAUCACUGCAUGUGGUCACCCUGUUGUGGUUGUUUAAAUUAGCGACAAGUGCAUUGUUAGUGCCUCUGCAGAAACCGUUUACGACCGGUAAAACGCUACGGAAACCGACGUUAGCGCGAAUAGGAAAGUUGGCGUUAUGGAACUGCUUGAUAGAAGUAUUCUGGUUUUACGGGAUAACGUUUUGCGGGCCAUUGAGAUCUGUGCUGAUUUUCGAGCUUUCUCCAUCCGUCAUCUUGAUAGCCAUUGUUUCGUUCUUCAAGAACAAUUCCACAACGGCUAGAACAAGAGGGCUAUUUUUGUUGCUGGUCGGCUUUGUUGCAUUGAUGUUAAUGGACAAAGAUAGCUCGAUCGAGGAUGAGCAUAACAAGUCCCACGCGCAUCACUCUGGGCUGAACCACCUCUUCUACCACGUGAUCGGCAUGUUUGGUGUAGCUGAUCAUCAGGGCGGCGUCUUCAUCUUGAUUCUGGCCCUGUUGUUGCGGAUAGGCUACGACACCUCUUUCCGGCAUCUAGCCGUCGAGUUGGGCGGCCCGAAGAAGCUGCAUUCCAUAGUCUCGCUUUUCUCGGCCGUCCUGUUGAUGCCGAUUGGUCUCCUACUCUUUUUGACAGGAACGUCUCAUGUUGAUGGCUGGGCGACGUUCCUGUUCUGGGUCUUUGUGGCCAGCGUGUUGGUGAUGGUAAUCGACUUUUACGCGGAGGCGCUUUGUUUCCAGCACGUUUCGGAUCCGGUGAUGGCCGCCGCCCGUUGGUCCCCGGUUACAAUGUUUACAUGCGCCCUAGCAUUGGCUUAUGCUUGGUAUUCUGGCCAAGCAACCCACGCGGUCACCGGUGGUGUUAUUGUUACAUUCGUCGCCUUUGUUCUUGGUACCAUAUCCCUAACUUCAUCAAAUACCCCGAAGUCCCGUGGCGGGCACUUUGUUGGACUGUCCGACUCGGGAACGCCCCUCUUCACCCAUGGCGAAGCGUUCCUGCAACGGACCGGCCGGAAUAUGAUGCUUUUCGUGAAGGAGACGCUACGCGAGAUUUUGGCCAACGGGGAUUCGCGGAGGAUCUUUUACUUCCUGUGCGUCAACCUGAGCUUUUGCGGCGUCGAGUUCCUGUAUGGCUUCUGGACGAACUCGCUGGGUUUGAUUUCGGACGGCUUCCACAUGUUGUUCGAUUGUUCAGCGCUGGUGAUGGGCCUUGUCGCUUCAGUUAUGGCCCGUUGGCAAGCGACGAAAAAUUACACCUACGGCUUUGGACGCGUUGAGGUCUUGUCGGGCUUCAUCAAUGCAAUGUUCCUCUGUGUCAUUGCAACGUUUAUCCUGAUGGAGGCGCUACAACGGCUCUUCGACCCUCCGAACAUCAACACCGACAAGCUUUUGUUCGUCGCCAUCUCCGGGCUGGUCGUCAACUUGUUCGGGAUGUACUCAUUCCACGGCGGCGAUGAUCACGGACAUGGUCAUUCUCACGGCGGUGGUUCGCAUGGGCACAGCCACGCUAAUGCUAAUAUGGAGGGCGUCUUCCUGCAUGUUCUCGCCGAUACGCUGGGCUCCGUUUUCGUCAUUAUCUCGACGCUACUUAUUCAGUGGUUCGGUUGGACGUGGGUCGACCCGUUGUGCUCACUGAUCUUGUCGUUGCUGAUUCUCGGCUCUGUCUAUCCACUUCUCACAUCGUCUAGCAAAACGCUGCUUCAGAACAUCCCUGAUGAGAUCGACGAACGCUUCGAAUAUAAUCUAUCCGAGGUCUUGGAGUUGGACGGCGUCGAGAGCUUCUCCGAGUCGCACUUCUGGCAGUUGAAGAGUGACCUGAACGUCGCCUCCCUGCACGUCCAAGUCAAGGAGGAGGCCAAUGCGCAGAUGAUCCGGAAUCGGGUGGUGGCGUUGCUGAAAGCGGCGGGAGCCACGCAGGCUGUUGUCCAAGUUGAGAAGGGGGCAUUCCACCACAUGAUUCAACGGAUCUGCCCGUCUUAUCGAUUACCGCAUCGUGUCCAGAAGGGAUCAUUCAUUCCGAAGGCCAGACAGAACGGCGCCGCUCACGGCCAUUCCCACGACGACCAUGGCCACAGCCACGGCGGUGAUCACGGCCACUCACACGACGGCGGUUGCAAUUCGCAUGGCCACAGCCAU